AUGACUUCCCCAAAUGAUGUGGAGAUGGCUGGUGCCGAAUCAUCACGCAACGAGCCAUUCACUAUUGAAGAGAACAUCCGCCAGCUCAAUGCCAUCGACCAGCAAAUCAUCCAGCUCAUGAAACACACUGCCACAGCACUCAACGCACUCACAAUACCAAAAUCCACAGAAACCGACCAGAACAUGGAUCCAUCAUCCGAACCUACAAAGCCAUCACUAGAUACUGGUACACAAAAAGAAGCCUUCGCUUCUGCGACAGAUCAGUUCUUCCAGGCACUCCACACCGUCGAUGUCAAGAUCAAACGCCAGGUCAUGGCACUCGAAGAAGCCAACAUUAUCAGUCUUGUUCCACCUCCUCGUCUGAAUAAGACGGGUCCCAUUACCCCAAAACCAACGCCCAACGGAGUGGGAGCUGUGGGCAACAUCGGAGCGGGCUGGUUGAACAGUCGAGGGACAAGAGUUGAGAGGGAUAUGGAGGCAGAGCUCUGGGGAAAGGCCAAGGAAAUACUGAAGGAGAAGGAAGCAAAGCUGGAGUCGGGAUCACGAUAG